UGGUUCGAGCAUGUCAGUAUGCUUGUCAUCCUUCUCAACUGUGUCACUCUGGGAAUGUACCAACCUUGUGAAGAUGUGGACUGCUCCAGUGACAGAUGUAGGAUUUUACAGGCUUUCGACGAUUUCAUCUUUAUUUUCUUCGCCAUGGAGAUGGUGGUCAAGAUGGUUGCCUUGGGGAUCAUCGGGAAGAAGUGUUACCUUGGCGACACAUGGAAUCGACUGGAUUUUUUCAUCGUGAUGUCUGGAAUAGUGGAGUACUCGCUGGACCUGCAGAAUGUCAGCCUAUCCGCAAUCCGAACCGUUCGAGUCCUGCGACCACUGAAAGCCAUCAACCGGGUUCCUAGUAUGAGGAUCCUGGUCAAUCUGUUACUGGACACGCUCCCGAUGCUGGGCAAUGUCCUGCUGCUGUGCUUCUUUGUCUUUUUUAUAUUCGGAAUCAUCGGUGUGCAGCUGUGGGCCGGUCUCCUGCGGAACCGCUGUUUUCUGGAAGAGAACUUGACAUUGUACAAUGGACUCUCUCUGCCUCAGUACUAUCAUCCAGAGAAAGAUGAUGAGACUCCCUUUAUCUGCUCUCUGUCCGGAGACAACGGCAUCAUGGGCUGCCAUGAGAUCCCAGCCUUGAGGGACAAUGGGCACGAGUGUUGCCUGGACAAGGAUGAUUAUUAUUAUUACGCUGCUCUGGGACAGGAGCUGAACGUCACCGGGGGCUGUGUGAACUGGAACCGCUAUUACACAGUGUGCCAGACUGGGGAUAGAAACCCCCACAAAGGUGCCAUCAACUUUGACAACAUUGGCUAUGCGUGGAUUGUGAUCUUUCAGGUUAUAACACUGGAAGGUUGGGUCGAGAUCAUGUACUAUGUAAUGGAUGCACACUCUUUCUACAAUUUCAUUUACUUCAUCUUGCUUAUUAUCGUAGGUUCAUUCUUCAUGAUCAACCUGUGCCUGGUUGUCAUAGCGACGCAGUUCUCGGAGACGAAGCAGCGGGAGCACCAGCUGAUGCAGGAGCAGCGGGCAUUGUACCUGUCCUCGAGCACAGUGGCAAGUUUCACCGAGCCAGGGGACUGCUACGAGGAGAUCUUCCAGUACGUCUGCCACAUACUGCGGAAGGCACGCCGCCGCACCCUGGGAAUCUACACCAGCUUCCAUAGCCGUCGCCAGGGCAACCGAGAAGCCUCCAGUCUGGGUGUUUGCCAGAAGGAGUGCGGGCACUGCCCCGUGAUGGACAACCUGGAUUACACCCCACACGCAAUCGUCCAGCCCAUUGUCUUGAGCCUGACGUCUGACCCUAGCCACUGCCCACAAUGCAACAGCGUCGAACUGACCACAGGAGGUAAAGCCUCCGACCUGGUUGACACUGAGGCCGGAUCGGCUCAUGAGGCGGGGAUGGACAAAGAGACAGAGUUGGAUAGAAAGGGGACAGUGAACCCGGAAAGGGAGCCAGGCUGGUGUGUUGAAUUGUGGAGCGAAAUGCGUGGCAAGCUGACAAAUAUCGUGGAGAGCAAAUAUUUCAACCGAGGCAUCAUGAUGGCAAUUCUCAUAAACACUAUUAGCAUGGGGAUCGAGCACCAUGAGCAGCCAGAGGAGUUGACCCAUGUCUUGGAAAUCAGCAAUAUCGUAUUCACCAGCAUGUUCGCCCUGGAAAUGCUUCUCAAACUCACUGCAUUUGGAUUCUUCAACUACUUGAGAAAUCCUUAUAAUAUUUUUGACGGCAUCAUCGUCAUCAUCAGCGUCUGCGAGAUCAUUGGUCAGUCAGACGGGGGCCUGUCAGUCUUACGGACCUUCCGUCUGCUCCGGGUGCUGAAGUUGGUCAGGUUCAUGCCAGCUCUCCGCCGUCAGCUCGUCGUCCUAAUGAAGACCAUGGACAAUGUUGCCACCUUCUGCAUGCUGCUGAUGCUCUUCAUCUUCAUCUUCAGCAUUCUGGGAAUGCACAUAUUCGGUUGCAAAUUUAGCCUGAAGACCGAUGGUGGGGACACAGUUCCCGACAGGAAGAACUUUGACUCACUUCUCUGGGCUAUUGUCACAGUUUUUCAGAUUCUGACCCAAGAGGACUGGAAUGUUGUGCUUUAUAACGGGAUGGCCUCCACUUCACCCUGGGCCGCCUUGUAUUUUGUGGCCCUGAUGACCUUUGGCAAUUACGUGCUCUUUAACCUGCUGGUCGCCAUCCUGGUCGAGGGUUUUCAGGCUGAGGGAGAUGCCAACAAGUCAGACUCGGAGGAAGAACAAACUUCAACAAAUUUUGAAGACUAUGAAAAGAUCAAAGAAAUGCAUUACUUAUCAGAGCUGAAAGCCUGUUCGAUUGCCAUGACUCCCAACGGGCAUUUGGAUCUGUCUCCUCAGAAUCAGUGCAUAGGAUCAAGGAGUUCACUACAACCGGAAAACCCUUACAUCCCUGCGGAAUCACGGAAAAGCAGCAUGACUUCACUGACCCGUGUCAACUUUGACCAGAAGUCACUGUCAAGCCGGCGAAGCUCUCACUAUGUACCAUGGGGCGCUGGCAGUAAUUGGGGCAGCCGGAGGACCAGCUGGGGCAGCGUAGGCCGAGCCUCGAGCCUGAAACACAAGCCUCUCUCCGGGGAACAUGAGGCCCUCCUUGCGGGCGACAGGCAAAGAAUCUCCUCGACCUCUGAUGACCCCAGAGACGCCCGUCCCGAGGAGGCUGCCAGCUCCAACCCACUGCUUCGUCGGGCACUAUCGCUGGACACCAAAGGUUCAGGGGACUUGCCGGAACUCCUCCAGGUCCCCGCUGUGCAGCCCGUGCCCAGGAAGAACAGCAUAGCGACGGUUACCUUGGAGCGUAGGGACUGUAAUGGCAAGGGCCCACAUAUUGUGAAGGAAAUCUUCCCAAAGAUGAACAACAGGAAAGACCGGGGCGUUUAUGAUGAGGAAAUCGACUAUAGCCUGUGGUUCCGAAUUCAGAAGAUGGUGGAAAUCUACAAACCGGACUGGUGUGAUACUCGGGCAGACUGGUCAGUUUAUCUGUUCUCCCCACAGAAUAGUUUCCGCCUGAUGUGUCAAAUGAUCAUCACCCACAAGCUCUUUGAUUACAUCGUCCUGGCCUUUAUUUUCCUGAACUGCAUCACGGUGGCAUUGGAGAGGCCUGAGAUUGACCAGGGAAGCACAGAAAGGAUCUUCCUCAGCGUUUCCAACUAUUUCUUCACAGCUAUCUUUGUGGCAGAGAUGACCCUGAAGGUUGUGUCUCUGGGGUUUUACAUUGGUGACCAAGCCUACCUGCGAAGUAGCUGGAACAUCCUGGAUGGGUUCCUGGUCUUUGUCUCACUUAUCGACAUAGUCGUGUCACUGGCAUCAGCAGGUGGAGCGAAGAUACUGGGCGUACUCCGUGUGCUCAGGCUCCUCAGGACACUGCGGCCCCUCAGGGUCAUCAGUCGAGCUCCAGGUUUGAAAUUGGUUGUUGAAACUCUCAUUUCCUCACUCAAGCCCAUUGGGAACAUUGUCCUGAUUUGCUGCGCUUUCUUCAUAAUCUUCGGGAUCCUUGGAGUCCAGCUUUUCAAAGGCAAGUUCUACUACUGCCAAGGCCAUGACACGCGCAAUGUCACUAACAGGUCGGACUGCUUGCUGGCUAACUACAGGUGGAUCCACCACAAGUACAACUUUGACAACCUGGGACAGGCUCUGAUGUCACUCUUUGUGCUGGCUUCGAAGGAUGGCUGGGUCAACAUCAUGUACCAUGGGCUGGAUGCAGUCUCCAUUGACCAACAGCCCAUCAUCAACCACAACCCCUGGAUGUUACUGUAUUUCAUCUCCUUUCUGCUCAUCGUCAGCUUCUUUGUGUUGAACAUGUUUGUUGGGGUGGUAGUGGAGAACUUUCACAAGUGCCGUCAGCACCAGGAGGCCGAGGAAGCAAGGAGGCGCGAGGAGAAACGUCUGCAGAGGCUGGAGAAGAAACGCAGGAAGGCCCAACGUUUGCCAUAUUACGCAGCCUACUCACCAGUCCGCCUCUUCAUCCACACCAUGUGCACGAGCCAUUACCUGGACCUCUUCAUCACCUUCACCAUCUGCAUCAACGUGGUCACCAUGUCUCUGGAACACUACAAUCAACCCAAGUCUCUAGAAGUUUCUCUGAAGUAUUGUAACUACAUGUUCACAACAGUGUUCAUCCUGGAAGCAGUUCUUAAACUGAUAGCUUUUGGAUUACGGAGGUUUUUCAAGGACAGGUGGAACCAGCUGGACCUGGCCAUUGUGCUGCUCUCUGUGAUGGGGAUCACCCUGGAGGAGAUCGAGAUUAGUGCUGCCCUGCCCAUUAACCCCACCAUCAUCCGCAUCAUGAGGGUUCUCCGGAUCACUCGGGUGCUAAAAUUACUGAAGAUGGCUACUGGAAUGAGGGCCCUCCUGGACACCGUAGUACAGGCUCUGCCUCAGGUGGGGAACCUUGGCCUCCUGUUCAUGCUCCUUUUCUUCAUUUACGCAGCGCUGGGAGUGGAACUGUUUGGUAAAUUGGUCUGUGAUGAGGACCAUCCCUGCGAGGGAAUGAGCCGCCAUGCUACCUUCGAGAACUUUGGCAUGGCAUUCCUGACGCUGUUCCAAGUGUCAACUGGAGACAACUGGAAUGGGAUCAUGAAGGACACCCUCCGCGAUUGCUCCAACGACGACCGUGGUUGUUUCAGCAACCUCCAGCUGAUCUCACCGCUGUACUUUGUCAGCUUUGUGCUGACGGCCCAGUUUGUGCUGAUCAAUGUGGUAGUGGCUGUCCUCAUGAAGCAUCUCGACGACAGUAACAAGGAGGCCCAGGAGGACGCCGAGUUGGACGCUGAGAUUGAGAUGGAACUGGCCCAAGGGUUCUGCUGCCAGCUGGUGGGUCCAUCAGCCCUGGGGGGCAGUGCUGGGUCCGACAAUGGCCCCAAGGGUCAUAAGAAGAAAGCAGAGAGACCAGACCCAGGGAAACACAUCUCACCUGCACAGGAGAACCUGUGGCUGGACAGUGUCUCACUAAUCAUACGAGAUACUUUUGAGAAUGAACUGUUGAUGAUUGAUAACCUCUCUGGAUCUAUCUUCCACCAUUACACCUCUUCACCCACCUGCCGGGACUGUCACCACGACAAGCAUGAGGUUCACCUUGCUGAGACAGAAGCAUUCUCCCUGGCCUCUGACCUCCUCUCGGACAAAUCAUCAUCAGUGGUUCUGGCCGAUGAUCUGAGCUCAGAUGACAGUGUACCCAACCUGCCCACCAGGGAAAGCCAUGAGAAGGAAGGAACAAAUGAUCCCAGUUUUUCUGAGAAUGGCAGCACAAGCAUUGUAACAUUGAAGGAGACAGCGAUAUGCAGAACAAGCUCACUGCCAAACAACAGCUACACUUCGCAUGUCGAGAAUUCAGAUUCAGGCCAAACAGUUCCAGAAACGCAGCCGGAACCCACAGAGCAGAAGGGUGUGGCUCCUCUCCAGACUUCUUCCUCCUCCUCUUGUCUUCAGUUUUCAACCGAGAUCUUCCAUCCUGCAAAGCUUUCCUCCACAGAGCAGGCUCACAGCACUCAGUAUCCCAAGGUCUCUUCUUCCUCUUCCUGGGCCUUGCUACAGUCAUCCAACGUGGCCUGGUCCCUCCAGCGACAGGUCGCCAUAAGCGAUACCUCACUGAGUGACGGCUCGGUGGACAGCCUUCAGACAACACUGGAAAACAGCCUGAGAUUGGCGGUGUCACCUCAGUGCACACUGGCUCUCCCCAUGGUCUGUACCGCUCUGUCAGGCCAAAGAAACACUCCUUCCUUCACCCCUCCUCUUCGGACAAACACCCUCCAACGUCGGAGAGGCCUCGGGCUCCAGAUGAUGAGGGGACGCCAAAGGAGCCAAAGCAGCGGGGGCAGCACCAGCCCAGGAUGCACAUAUCAGGACUCCAUGGACCCCUCGGAUGAGGAAGGAAUCAGCCACUCCCUGAGGGCCAACAGCGAGCAGUCUGAGACACUGAGCAGCCUCUCUCUAACCUCCCUCUUCUCUCCGUCACGCUCUCCGCCCACUCCAAUCAAAAAAUGUAACAGCACAGGCACUUUGGACACUGUCUCGAAAGGCCGGGACACCAAACAAUUUUAUACCGUUGACCAACAAGGGUUCUUAACAGCCCCCUCUUGGGUAUCCGACUUCUGCAGGAAUGACCAUCCUGCUUCUGGCCUGGAAGGUCAAGGAGCUGACCGGGAGACAGACGCUGAGGACGUUAAAAUAGCACACGUGCGGCCAUCCUCCCAGAUCCAAACUGGGCCUGAGUACAACGCCACGAUGCAAAGGAAGAAAAGAUGACUUUGCUGCGUCCAUUUUUUUUAAGUAAUAAUAAAAAAAAAGAGAAAGAUGUACUGGCUGAAACACUUAGUUUACCUCAUCAUGUGAGAGUUAUGCAGUCCAGCUAUCUCGUGGCGUACGUGUGUACCAGAUGAAAGGUCACAAUUAAUUCAACUCUUGGUGUGUGAAGUCACUCUCGAAACCUAGGCAGCAGAAAUGUUAUCUCUUUUUUUUUGUUUUGUUCUCCUCCCAACUUCCAAAAUCAAUGAAGAAUGUAACAUUAGUUGAUAGCAACAGCCACUAAGAACCGAACAAGGGUGGGUGAAAUUGGUUUCGGAGAAGGUUCUAGAAUCCCCUCAGUGCAUUAAAUUGAGGGUGGGAGGAAUAGCUCCAGUUAGGCUUAUCAGUGUCAUGGUGACAGAGUAGGCCCGAACUCCAGAAUGCCAGUAAGCUAAAUAAAUGAUGAUGUACAUUUUCAGAUUGCUGUGAGGGAAGAGACGGGGGAGUUAAGACUUCAAAAAAAGCGAAGAUGGAUCGCACUGACACCAUUUGGGAUUCAAUAACGGAAGUCUAUUUAUAAAAAAAAACCAUUCAAGCUUGUUGGAAAGAGUUCUGUUGUUGGAAAUUUUGGAGAGAUUGCUUCAAAGAAGUGUUCAUACAAAUAUUAUUUUUUUAAACAUUUGUUUAUUUCCGUUUUAUUUAAAUGCAUGCUUUAAAUAUUUGGUUUGUGCCAAAUCAGACUUAUUCUUCUAGAUGUACCAAAUGUAAUAUUUAUACAAAAAUAAUAUAUUAAAAUAUGUCAAGCCUGUAAUUUUUGUAAACUUUUGCGCCAGUUCCAAGCGAAUCCUGAGCCCAUGUUUCACGUUGACGGCUCAUUAUCAAAACGGAGGGU